AUGGAGGACGAGAAGGUGUACAAGUCAGAUAAAUCACCACCUCAGACGGCUUCUGAGCCUCUGCCUGCUUAUGGCGACUCGCAACCGACAAAGGCUGGAAUAGGUCGGCGCUUCAUCGACAGCUUCAAGCGCGACCCUAAUGCGCACAUCAUCAGUCAGAAUGCGGGAGCCGAUGGCUCAGGAUUCGAUCUCGAGACUGCAGCACAGAAUGUUGCUCACUCACCACUCCAGCGCCGCUUGAAAGGCCGUCAUCUCCAGAUGAUCGCCAUUGGUGGCUCGAUCGGUACCGGUCUCUUCGUUGGUUCUGGAACCGUGUUGGCCACGGGUGGUCCGGCGUCCGUGGUCAUUGCGUAUAUCUUGAUUGGAGUCAUGCUUUACACCACGGUCCACGCGCUGGGUGAGAUGGCUGUCUUAUUCCCGGUCUCUGGUUCUUUCUCUCACUACUCUACUCGCUUCUUGGAUCCGGCUUGGGGUUUCGCUAUGGGUUGGAAUUAUGCACUUCAAUGGCUCAUCGUCUUACCGCUUGAAAUCGUUGCGGCUUCCAUCACAAUUGACUAUUGGAGUCCUAACGUUUCCAAUGCUGCUUGGGUCAUCAUCUUUUGGGCUUUGAUUGUUGUGAUCAAUCUUUUUGGUGUCCGUGGCUAUGGCGAAGCGGAGUUUGUCUUUGCGGCCAUCAAGGUCACUGCAGUUAUUGGGUUCAUUAUCCUGGGCAUCGUCAUCAAUUGUGGCGGUGGUCCUCAAGGAGGCUACAUCGGUACAAAAUACUGGCAUGACCCGGGUGCUUUCCAUAAUGGCUUCAAGGGCCUCUGCAGUGUCUUCGUAAAUGCUGCCUUUGCCUUCUCUGGAACUGAGCUCGUUGGUCUAGCUGCUGCUGAGACCGCGAAUCCCCGCAAGUCUCUUCCCACUGCCAUCAAGCAGGUGUUCUGGCGUAUCUCUCUCUUUUAUGUUGUGUCUCUCACUAUCGUCGGCUGCUUGGUCAAGUACACGAACGAUCGCCUUGUUACCGGUGGCUCAUCGGCUGAUGCCCAUGCCUCUCCCUUUGUUAUCGCCAUUGAAAAUGCCGGUAUUUCUGGUUUGCCAUCUGUUAUGAACGUCGUUAUCAUGAUCGCCGUGCUGUCUGUAGGCAACUCUUCUGUCUAUGGCUCCUCACGAACUCUUGCUGCCCUCGCCGAACAGGGCCAAGCUCCCAAGUUUCUGGGCUACAUCGACCGCAAGGGACGUCCCAUCUGGGCCAUCGCUGUCGCUUCCGCAAUUGGUCUGCUGUGCUUCCUUGCCGCAUCAAGCAAAGAGACCACUGCCUUCCAAUGGAUGAUGGCUAUCUCGGGUCUUUCCUCCAUCUUCACCUGGGGAUCCGUUUGUCUUUGUCAUAUCCGGUUCCGCCGUGCCUGGAAAGUUCAGGGGCACAGUCUCGAUGAAUUGGCUUUCCGUUCGCAACCCGGCGUCAUUGGCUCGUGGGUCGGUUUCAUUUUCAAUUGCCUGGUGCUGGUCGCUCAGUUCUGGGUCGGCUUUGCUCCUGUGGGCUAUGCCGAAAAGUCUACGCGCGCACUAGUUGAGAAUUUUUUCUCGGCUUACCUCGCUGCCCCCAUUGUCCUAGCUUUUUACCUUCCCUAUAAGCUCUGGUACAAGACCAAGAUCAUGCGCUCGAAAGACAUGGACUUAGCAACUGGUCGUCGGGACCUGGAUAUCCAGCAUCUGAUUGAGCAAGAAGUGGCCGAGCAGAAGGAGUGGCCUAAAUGGAAGAAGGUCUACAAGUUUUUCUGUUAA